CUCAUAUGGUACAGCAAACAAAACGUCAUCGCCUGUAUUCUGUAAAGAGACUUGAUUCGUGAUUGUUAUUUGCUGUUAUGGUCGAGUUUAGUUUGACAGAGAAUGUUAGGAGAUUUAUUUAAAUCUGAAGAAAGCUGGGAUUGUCACUAAAAGUUCGGUGUAGCUUAUAAAUUUUGUCACUACCCUGUGUAGUUACUGUGUGAUUAAUGUUACUAAUUGACCUAUAAAUUGAUCCAGUUCCUAUGAAUUUAGGAGUGUUUAACAGAGUUAAUUGGAAGGACUCAGACCACGGAGGGAUGUAUUCGGAGUGGGCCUCUCUGAGCAGUGUGGUGACGUCCGGGGCUGGGGUGGACAGUACCAGCGUGCUGCUCAAGCUCCCCUCAUCGGCCGGUCGUGAUGUCGCGCUGUGCGUAGUGCGACAACUCGCUGCCAACCUGGGCAUUGCGCAGGCUGCCGAGCCCAGCAGUCUGUCCACGGACAAGGAGGUUCUGUGGUGCAUGGAGGUAAUCUGCUACGGUCUGAGUCUGCCACUGAGUGAACAUGACACCAUACGGGACUGUGUGAACGUGUAUUGCGAGUGGCUCACCGCCCUAUACUCAGUCCCUAAGCUGAGUGUGCCCAGGCCUGUGUGCGAGGACCCUAACCUCUACGCUCGCAAGAUGAUCAGCCACUUCCACAACCUAUUUGUACCUCGCAAGGGGGAAGACUGGGCAUUCAUAUACCAGGAUCUCAGUGCCGACACUAUCAACCGCCAAGCUGUGUUGUGUCAUCGUGUGUUGCGCACGUUACAACAUGUCUCCCACCACUCGGUGCUGAUGGACCGAGAGACUUGGGAGGUUCUGUUGUUAUUCCUUCUGGCUAUUAACGACACCCUCCUGGCACCUCCAACUGUCAAAGAUGAUGUGGGUGACCAACUGUGCGAGAGGGUACUCAGUGUGCUGCUGGAGGUUUGGUUGGUAGCGUGCACUCACCACUUCCCCUCCCCUCCACUGUGGAAGACCUUGCGGGAGAUGUCCAUGACCUGGAGACAUCGGAUGGCUCUGGUUGAACAAUGGAACCGAGUCAACCUGGCACUCACACAACGCCUUCUUGACUUCAUGUAUGGCCCCGGAUUCCCAGAACUUAAAAUUUUGGAGGAAGACUCUGCACUGAUUCCCCCCGGGAUGACCAACUCCUGCAUCGCCCAGUGCUGGUUCAGGUUUCUCCACUGCAUCGGCAACCCAGUUGACCUGUGUCGUCCCACUGUUAUCUCCCAGACACACAAGUUCUUACAGUUCGCGCUCACCAGCGAGACGGUGGUGGAUCCCUGUCAACACCCUUGCCUGUCUGUACUGCCUCUCAACUUUCUCAAAGCCAUCAAGGGCAUUGCCGGUCAGGUUGAUGCCUUCCUAGGUAUUGCGUCUCAGUCGCUCACUUGGGACACUAGCGAGCUGAGUGAGCGGGAAAAGAAGGACACUCACCCCCCCUCUCACUCUCCUACCCCGCCACCUGUGCGGAGACUCGCUAAGAGCUUUAGUGUCACCCCCUCUGCUGUCACUAAGGGUGGUUUGAAACUAGUCCAUUCAGCUGAGUUCAUUCGUCAACACACAUUUGACGAUUUUGGCAUCCCUAAGGCUUCUUUGAUUGGCCUGACAUCCAGCCGCAUACAUACAUCGUCUGCUCAUACUCCGGUCAACUCUGGCCCUUCCUCAACAUCCAGUGCUACUUCUAUGCUGUCCCUAGGCUCGGAAGUACGCAGCCCCCUAGCCCCUGCCAGACCCAAGUGUAACAGCAUCCUACAUCUCUUUGGCGAAUGGCUUUUUGAAGCGGCCCAAAUUGGGACAGAACUCACUAAGGGUGGAUUUAGAGAAGGCACCAAUAAGAGGCCCAACUCUGUGAUGUUGGAUCACAGUCGUAAAGGCUCUCUAUCUCUGUCACAACCCGGGUCACUCUCCGAGGAUCCCCUGGAGGCCCCUAGCUGUCUCAGUAUUGACCGGUACCAGGCAGGCCGCGCCGAGGCUAUAGGUGCACUCUGCCGCAUCUUCUGUGCCAAGAAGACUGGCGAGGAGAUACUUCCCGUGUACUAUGCGCGGUUCUACCUCACUCUGCAACAGUGUCUCAGACAGGUUGAGGUGAGUCGAGAAUGCGACGAGUGUCUGGCCUGUAUCUUGGUCAACUCCACAGAUCUGUUACGGCUAGACCUCGACGGUGUGCAGAUGUUGGUCCCCUGCAUCAUUGAUGCCUUGGAGAUAGUGUUACCCGACAAGGAUCUCAAGCUCAAGUCACCUUCAAUCUCCAAAGUGGAACUUCGUAGGUCUGCCAUACAUCUCCUUCUGUCCAUGUUGGCUUUGCCUCUUCACUUUCAGAACCUAGGAAUCAAAGAGCUGACACCAUCUCAGAGCCAGGAAAGAUCUAGUCUCACAUUCCUGCAGCUCAAACCUAGACUCAUGAACCUCCUCAUCAACGCCCUGCAGGUGGAAGCUGACCCCCAAAAUACCCAGAUGCUGCUGGGUGGACUGAUGCUGAGCGUGCUGGACUCUGCUCUGUUUGAAGAGAUGGACCAAGUAACCCAGCCUGAUGUUGUUUCCAACGAGACCACUUCUAAUUUACUGUCAUCAGACACGAUGAGUUGUUUGAGCGAUACGACCACGGCAGAUGACUGGGACUCCGCUAAUUUAGCCCUGGGCGAUCCCGAGAUGUUUGGCAUCUCCGCUAUCAGCGCACUAAACAAAAACUCAGCCCAUGCCUUGUUUGUGCGUGCAACGUACCUGGUUUGCCACAGGCUCAUUUCGUCCUGGAAGACAGAUCUCAAUGUGUCUCUGGCCGCUUUAGAGCUGCUGGCUGGACUAGCCCGCACCAACAUCCGUGAAACAGCUAGAAAACUUACAGAUGCUCUGGAGUGUAAGCGGGCAGUGAAGUGGGUGUGUGACUACAUCGUGUACCAGUGCUGGCGCCCUCCACCCGCCCACAGCAAGGACCUCCACUCGACCAUCGUGGCCGCCUUCCAGUGUGCGGAGGCCUGGCUGGUCGCCCACCCCUACUUGCUGCAGGACAAGGAGACCCUUCACACAGUACUGGAGGUGGUGGAGUUGGGUAUCUCCGGCAGCAAGUCACAGGGGAAGCCUGGAGAGCCGAUCAAGAUGAAGGAUGACAAGGACUUGAAGCCUGUGUCAAUGAGAGUGCGAGACGCUGCAGAAUCAUUGUUGGCGAUUGUGCUUGAACAGGUUGGCUACUUCCCAGCAGCCUGUGGGGCGGAGUCGCUGUCCUGUCUGUUGGACGAAGUGUUGCUGGUGAGACACUGCAACUCCUGGAGAGGGGAGAAUCUCACACAAGCCUCAGCUGUCUCCAAGUUCCGGUACUUUGUGGUGGAGAACUCCACAGUAUUGGCACUGCUUGAGGAACCUCUCGGCAAUGAUCAGGAUCCCCAACCGACGGUGACUCUCCUUAUCAGGGGUGGGUUUGGUCGUCAUGCCUGGACAUUGCAGUUGCGCCACCUGCCUCGUCAUCGCUCCGGGACCAAGUACCAGCACACCCCCAACCCUGGGCGGCCCGUUCCUCUGGAGGACCCUCCCCCUCGUCCACACUCUCGCCACAAGUACUUCCCUGACAGUGUGGAACGGAUUCCACAGUGUAAAGUAGACAAGUCUAUACCAGACCUGGACGCCCUGUUCCUGGAGGAUUCCAGUGGAGAGCUGAGUGAGCUGUCUCGACUGCUGGAGAAGCAGGUAGUGGGUGAGAGGAGAGACAGUUCUCCCCCGUGUACCAUGGAUCCGGAGAGAGAGUGUGCCCCUCCACCUCCCUGCCACGAGUUCCAGACUGCCCGACUGUUCCUGUCCCACUUUGGUCUGCUCUCCAGGCUCGACAGUAAUCAGGAGCCUGGCAUCCCACCAUUGGUAGCUCUGGACACAACUCAUCCGUCGUUCUGUAAUGAUCUAGAGGCCCUAGAUAAUAUUGGUUGCCGCACAGUCAACACGUGUCACGUCAUGUAUGUACGUGCCGGCCAGAAACAGCCAGAGCACAUCCUCAACAAUGUGCUGUCAGAGUCUACAGUGUCCCCACAUUUCCUGGAGAUGUUGCUAGCUCUGGGUUGGCCAGUGAGAGUAUCCCAGCACCCAGGCUGGACAGGACAUGUGGCCACUAGCUAUAAACUGGCUCAUGGAACACAGGGAGAGCCUGCCACUGAGAGCUUGCCUAGCCAUGGAGGAAGCUUAUUCAAUGGUGACUCCCACGUGUUGUACUGGGCAGACGUCAGUGCAGAGAUAGCGUUUGUUGUUCCAACGUCCAGCCGCAAGAGCAAGCACUUUGACGAGUUCCAUCAGCAGGACUCAGCAGUGUGGUAUGAGCGCAGCCUGAGUGCCUGUGAGGCCACGGACAAGCCACGCACCAUGAGUCUGGACCUGGAGCCACACAAGGACCCCCGCUGGAGCCGACGUCAUCCCCCCACCACUGUCAUGCUCGUGUGGCUGGAGAGCUAUGAGGAUCACCUACACUUCCCUGCUGCAGAGAUGAUGGCGUACACUACCACAGGGUUGGAAACCCAGACGGGGCCCAAGGCCCAGGACUGCUUCGUUAUCUUCCUGCAUGCCCUCAACAGUGGCCUCCUCAGAGUAAAACUGCAGGGCCCCACUGGCAGGAUGAGUAUAGCAACUCCACUGGUUGAUGGAAUGGUCAUCAGCCGUCGGGUGGUUGGAUCACUUGUUCGCCAGACGGCCCUUAAUAUUUGCCGUAGACGCAGACUCGAUAACGACAGCUACCAGCCACCCCAUGUCCGCAGACGGAUGAAGGUGCAGGAACUUGUGUCCAAGUACCGCUGUGAGUUGACCCAGUCAGAGUUGCUCACCUACCUGUUGACAGACGCACCUUGACCUCUGAUCUCACGGCGGCGCAGACUGUGAUAACCGAGCCGAGCACUGAGCUCCUGGCACUUUUUGGGAAGUGGAAUCAAUCUAUCGUUCUCUUUUGUAAUUCUUGGAUGAAGAACAUUUAAGUGACCUCUUGAAUGGACACCUCCACUAUUGAUUUUAGCAUAUCCGAUAUAUUGUUCAAUGAGAAAUAUGCGAUACGCAGUGUUUGUAAUAAGCAUUGAUAGUAAACAUAGCUAUCACCUCAAA